UACUAUGUCCCGGACAGCUCGAGUCGGGAGAUGGUUGGACGAGUUGUAACAUGGUGGCUAAAUGUAUGAGUACAAUUAUAUUUAUAAUUGCAGAAUUACAGUGAGCAAAAAAAUCGGCCGCAAUGAAUAUGUCCAUGGAGAAGAAGAAAUACCCGUCGGCUUCGAUUAAUUGGCCCGCUAGGGAAGAGCCGUCGCGUAAAAGCCAGAACCAGUUAACGUCCACAGGAAAGGUUGACGUUUAUUAUUACAGCCGAGGAGUCAGAAACGACGCGUCACUAGUGCCACCGAUCAGGCAAACGGCGUCGAUUUUUAAGCAACCGGUCACGAUUUACAAGACGCAGGAAGGAAAAGUGAAGGAUAUCAAGCAUGGCACGCAGGACAAACCGAAACAGGAAGGAGUCGAUAAAACUGAUGGCAAGUAUGGUUCCCAAGAUAAGCCUAAACAGCUUUUCUGGGAGAAACGCUUGGAGGGAAUGCGGGCCUGUGAUUCUGCUGGCUAUGAAUUCGACGCGAUGGACCUGCCAAAGAAUUUAAAACCAGUUGGACCGUACAUCACGGAAGAAACAUUGCUUCAGAGCGUGGCCACUGCGUUACACGUAUCGACUCAGCCGGUCACGGGACAAACGGGAUCGAAAACUGCUUUGGAGAAGAAUCCUGGAGUAUUCCUUAAUCCUGAUCAACCGCUUGUGCAGGCGGUUUCGAUAGCGGAUGAGGACAUAAAGAGGCAGGAAGAUCGAGUAGCUGUUGCGAGAAAAAAAUUGCAGGAAGCCCUGCGUGCUCUUCAAACUUAAAUUAUUGUAUAAAAGUCAUGUUAUCAUCAUUAAAUACAUCUCACUCGUUCAUUCAUUAUUAUAUCACGUUAUCAUUACUAUCACUCAUCUCUUAGUUUUAAGUUAUAAAUUAUAUAUCGUAUCAUUGCAUUUUUGUAAUAAAUGUUUUUAUAAUAAAAUGCGAAAGAUUGGA